AUGGAUCCAUCCCAGCAGCAGUCGAUGAACCUCCCCGUCAUCGACCUAGACGUCUAUCUCAACAAGCCCCGCGACUCGAUCGAAGUUCAGCAAGAGUGCGCCAAGGCAGCCAACGCCCUCAUCACCUAUGGCGCUCUUGUCCUCCACGACUCGCGCGUGGCUGACAAGGACAAUGACACCUUCCUCGACCUGCUCGAGGACUACUUUGCGCAGGCUGACGAGGAGCUGCGCAAGGACGAGCGCCCCGAGCUGAGCUACCAGAUUGGGGUGACUUUGGAGAACACCGAGAAGCCCAAGUGCGCCGUCGACGAGCCGUGCCUCGAUGUCAUCCAGCGACUGCAUCCGUCGCAGCGCCCUCUCGACAUCAGCGGCCACGAGCCCGACCCCAAGUGCCGCUUCUUCUGGCGCAUGGCCGAGCCGCCGCCCUACGAGACGCAGUUUCCUGGCCUCAACGCUGCCAACGUUACCCCCGCGGCGGCGCACAUCAAGGAGCGCUGGGCUCCCACCAUGAACCAGUGGGGCACGUCCAUGAAGAAUGCUGUUUCCAAGCUAUCCGAGAUGACCGCUGUCGGCUUGGAUCUGCCCGCAGAGUACUUUAGCGACGCCGGGCGUUAUGGACCCCAUCUCUUGGCCCCGACCGCUUCGGACUUGGUAAAAUACGGCAAGAAGGACACCAUCCUCGCCGGCUUCCACACCGACCUCAACUUUCUCACCAUUCACGGCCGAUCCCGCUACCCUGGCCUGAACAUCUGGGCCCGCAACACUGGCGACCGGAUCGCGGUCAAGAUUCCCCCGGGCAACUACCUGCUGGUGCAGGCUGGCAAGCAGCUCGAGUACGCAACCGGCGGCCUGAUCAAGGCAGGAUUCCACGAAGUGACGGUCAACGAGAAGACGAUCGAAACCAUCGAGAAGCGCAAGCGAGAUCACCCCGACCGGCCUCUUGUCCGCAUCUCUAGCACCCUCUUCUGGCAUCUCAACUCGGACUUUGACUUGGCCCCAGUCCCUGCACUCGCUGAGCGGGCACAGCAGGUGCGAGAUGAACAGGCCAAGCUCGGUCGCGAUGAGGGCGCGGCGGCGUCCUAUCCCCCUAUCAAGGUCGGCCAUCAAGUAGAAGGAGAACUGCGGCACAUUGCACUUAUGGCGAACUGA